AUGAUUCAACGAGAACCAACAGCGACCAAACAGAAUGUCGACACUGACAGUUAUGCAGAAGUUCUGCAGGUGGAAGAGCCAGACCUGAUGGCCGACGCCACCGACAGUGGUGCAGUGAUGCACCGCUCACUGCAUGAACAACCAUCUCGGGUCGUGGCUUCUGAAGGUUUGUAUCUGCACCUCGAGAAUGGCCAAAAAUUCCUCGAUGCCACCGGAGGUGCAGCAGUCGCGUGCCUCGGACACAACAACCCGAUAAUAAAGAAGGCCAUCAUGGACCAGUUAGACAAAGUUGCGUAUACCGGAACGAUCUUUUAUUCAACGCAAGCAGCGGAGGAACUGUGCUCAUUGUUAAUCAGAGGAACAAAUGGUGUGAUGAACCGAGCGUUCAUCUGUAGCUCCGGCAGUGAAGCAAAUGAAGCAGCGAUGAAGAUGGCGAGACAAUACUUCGUCGAGCUCGAAGGUCCGGAGACGAAGCGGUAUCGAUUCAUUUCGAGGCAGCAAAGCUACCAUGGCACAACGUUAGGAAGUCUAGGCCUUGGUGGCCACGUAUUGAGACGAAAGAUAUACGAGCCUAUGCUCUCACCUAGCAUAAGUCGAGUAAGUCCUUGUUUUGCUUAUCGUGGGAAAAGGAAUGAAGAGAAGGUCGAUGACUAUGUCAGAAGACUUGCGGAAGAGCUCGAUGCUGAGUUUCAAAGACUCGGACCAGAAACUGUGUGUGCAUUUGUAGCGGAACCUGUUGUGGGUGCUGCUCUCGGAUGUGUACCACCUGUACCUGGCUAUUUUGCUGCCAUGAAGGAGGUUUGUGAAAGAUAUGGUGCUCUCUUUAUUUCAGACGAAGUCAUGUCUGGUAUGGGUCGUUGUGGAUACCUGCAUGCCUGGCAAUCUCCCAUGGUUGAUGUCAAACCUGAUUUACAGACACUCGGUAAAGGUCUUAGUGGCGGCUAUCAACCUGUCGCGGCUUUACUGGUAAGCAAGAAGAUUGUCGGUGUAAUGACACAAGGUACCGGAGUCUUCUCACACGGCCAAACAUACCAGGCUCAUCCUGUUGGAUGCGCCGCAGCUGCAUCAGUGCAGAAGGUCAUCAUGCAGCCUGGAACAAUGGAGCAAGUGCGACAAUUAGGUAACGCUCUUGAGCAAGGGCUGAAGGCUUGCCUGGCUGAUAAGUGGUACAUCGGUAACAUUCGUGGCAUGGGUUUGUUCUGGGGCAUCGAGUUUGUGGCAGAUAAACUCACGAAAGAACCUUUUCCACCCGAAAUGCAAGUCGCGGCGGGUAUUCAUAAGCUGGGAAUGCAGGAGCCUCAUAUGAUAAGUUUGUACCCGGGUACAGGCUCGGUGGAAGGCACCCGAGGUGACUUCGUGCUGCUAGCACCACCUUACACCAGCACACUUCAAGAGAUUGAUCUGAUAGUCAAGACGACUGUGAGCGUGGUGACAAGUUUCUUCGAGAAGGAGAAGCUCAUCAACUCCAAGCACCCUCAAUGA